GGGCCCGGGAGUACAAUGCUGCGCGGGAAGUCCCGGCUCAACGUAGAGUGGCUAGGUUACUCGCCAGGUCUGCUCCUGGAGAAAGAUCCACUGUCAGCCGCAAGGCCACCACGAAAGCGCCGCGGAAAUGAAAACUCUUUAGCUUCAACUCUGAAGACACUCCUGUUCUUCACAGCUUUAAUGAUCACACUUCCUAUCGGGUUAUAUUUUACAACUAAAUCUUAUGUAUUUGAAGGUGCCCUUGGAAUGUCUAAUAGAGACAGCUAUUUUUAUGCUGCAAUUGUUGCCGUUGUUGCUGUUCAUGUGGUUCUGGCCUUGUUUGUCUAUGUGGCCUGGAAUGAAGGCUCACGACAGUGGCGUGAAGGCAAACAGGAUUAAAGUGAACAUCACCUUUUGAUAGCAUGAAAUUUAUUUUUUGAAUAUGUUAAAUACUUCUGAGGUAUUGAUAAUAAAUACAUUUUGUUUGAAUAAAGUUGAAAGAACAUGUUAAAAUC